AACUUCCGGUACCACGUGACACUAGCUUCCGCUUGACAGUAUUUCUAUUUUGUGUCAUGUUGUGUGAGGGAGUAUUAGGGCCACAUUAACAAAAAACUAUGAUAGAAGACCUUUAACUGCGUAUGAAAAAUGUAAAUUAGAUUUGAUUCUGUGUAAGCGCGGCUUGACCGUAUGCUAUCAGAUCGAAACUGAUUUUAAAACAAAAACUAUUAAACGGAACCUUCGUCUUAUCCACGCAGCUACACGGAGGCAUUUCAUGGUCAGACCGCGCCGGGAACGAACUGAAAAGAAUAAAGCGGAGAGCGGAGCUGGUGGUGGAUUAUGUGGAGGAGCGGCUCGUCCGGAGGCUCUGACCGCUUUGAGUAUUUACAAACUCUGGUCACCGAGUUUCAGGACACCGACAGCGACGAGGCAAAGGAACAAGUUCUGGCUAAUUUGGCCAAUUUUGCAUACGAUCCAAAGAACGUGGAGUAUCUGAGAGAGCUGCAGGUGACUGACCUCUUCUUGGACAUGCUGACUGAGGAGAAUGAGAACUUUGUGGAGUUUGGGAUGGGAGGGCUCUGUAACCUCAGCAUGGACCCUGAGUGCAGAGAUGUCGUCCUGCAGAGCGACGGCAUCCGCUUAGUCACAAACUGCUUGUCGAGCCAGAGGGAAGAGACUGUCCUGUCAGCCAUCACCACCCUCAUGAACCUCCUAACACCCACGUCACGCUCUCAGAUCACCGAUCCCGCCAUCCUGCAGUGCAUGCUGCGCUUCUCCCUCUCCGAGAGCCCGCGUCUGCGCAACCUGGCUACCGUGUUUCUGCAGGACUCCUGCAGCGAGGAGCAGGUGGCGCAGGCGCAGCAGCAGAUGGAGGGGCAGCAGACGGCAGUCGGCAUCCCGCUGCCGAAAGACUAAAGACACAGCGCAGACCUUUAUCUUUUUAUAAGUUUUAACAUGUGACAUCAAAGAAUAUCUCAGUAUUUGUCUGUUACUGGCUUAUGUUCGGAUCUUGUGUUUUAUCUCCUGGAAGGCGGUGAAAAUACCAAGAUGAUGCAUCAUUGAUAUACAGUUAGGUCCACCAAAACGUAAGUACACCACUUCAGAUUGAUUCUAAAUCUGUCAUCUACUUGAAAUAACAAGGGAGGAGGAUUAAAUUGGCUUCUCAGUCUAAAAUUGCCUGACUUUGUAUAAUAAUGGCUUGCAUUUUUCUAAUCUAACAGUCAUUGUCUGGAAGAGAUAAGUCACCAGAUCAGCUUUCUGGAUUUAGUGCAUAAAUGUGCACCACAUGCGAUAUGUUCUCUGAGCCAACACAACCUUCCCCACUAAAAUAGUUUUCAGGUUUGAAACUACCACGUAGACAUGGCCUGAAGGUUGCAUGUCGUUUGCAAAUUGUUCCUCUUUAAAUAUCACAUUAUGUGUAGAGGAAAAAAAAUAAAUCCAAGCAUGCUUUUGUGUACGUAUUUAUACAUCAGGCCCCAGAUGUUGAACCUGCUCCGACUCCUCCAGAGGUUCUGGAUGUGGUUGAGGUUCAGAGAUCGGUGCAGUUCUUCCACACCAAAGUGGGGACAAGCAUUUCUUUAUUGAGGCGUUGUCAUUUUGAAGCAGGAAAAAGACAAACCUAACUCAAUGCCACAAGAACGCAAGUGAUGUUUUUCCUCAUCCAAAAUAAAUUUGCUCAACAAAUUUUUGGCCUUUUUGUGUGCUUUUUCCUGCCACAUGAGGGAGUCCAAGAUACUUUUGUAUGCAUUGCUCCACCAAUGCAUUCACCUCUUGGGAGAACAGUUUGGUUAUUAGUAUCACCUGUAAUAACCUCCCAGUCAAAGGAAUGCAUGGUGACAAUUUGAAAACAAAAGUCUCGAGUCUAAAAGGAGAACAAACUCACUCUUUGUCUCAAAUCACAUUUUUCCUCCUUGAAAUGUGCAUUCCUUUGCCUUUCCCUGUUAAAACCACCUCCUGUACUUGGCGCAUGGUAGGAAUACCAUGUCCUGAAACAUUUAAUCCAAACCCAAAAUAUGUUAAAUAAAAAAUGCUAAAUAAACCUUGAGGUUCUCUCUUAAGAGCCAGGAGCACAGUUUGUUUUCAUUUGGGCUCUUAAGGGCUAUUUCUGGGCCGAGUCCUUCAGGUCUAGACAGGAGACGACAUCCGAUCCAGCAGCCCAGCGUCAGGUGAACUGCACAUGUAGCCUGGUCAGGAAAUUCUUUACAGCUCUGAACAAUGCUCACUCACUUUAAAGCUCAUGUUUUUUAAAGUGGAACAUGUGUGCAUAUUUCUGAAUGGCAAGCUUAAGAGGCCUGCACCUGCCAUCGAGGACAAUAAAAAAAAAAAUAAAAAAAAACA